AUGUACCAGUGGAUGAAAGAUGGCAGAGAGGACUACAUAGAUCAAACCCUUCUUUCACAAACCGAGUGA